UGUACUUAACCACUGCAGGAAAUAUUUAAAAACGUUUGUGAAGAUGAGUUUAAAACAUGUGUUGUGCAUAGUGGCAUCGUUAUAUAUAUUUAUAUCAUUAAGCAUUUUAAUUAUUUUUAUAGUGACAACGGAUUAUCCCGAAGAUACGUCAACCUCUUACAUCCCUGAUCCUAAGUAUGAGGAUGCAAGGAGGGAAACAAGGAGGUUAUCACAAGAAAUGUGGAUGUACAUGGAUAGCCAACUUAAACGACUGAUAAGCCAAAGCGUAGAAACAGAAACUGAAUCUAUUAAAGACAUCCUUGCUUUUGGCUCUCACCUUCAUACGGCGAUUUUAUCGGCACAUGACACAUUGGAGGACGAGUUUGAAAAAUGGCGAAAUUUGCGAUCAAACGAGGUGAGCAGAUUUGUCCAAGAGCAACUAGACUCAAUCCAGAACCCUUUGAACUGUUCGACCGCAGAUAUGUUCGUUUGCAAAUUAGAUAAAACUUGUGGAUUUGGAUGCCAGAUGCACCAUGUUACUUAUUGUCUCAUGGUCGCCUAUGCAACGAAUCGAACUAUGGUUUUGGUUUCUAAAGGAUGGCGGUACUCAAAGACUGGCUGGGAUACUGUCUUUCGUCCACUGAGCAAAACAUGCCACGAAAACCAUCCAGAUGUUAUCAAAAGAAUGGGUCAUCUUACGCGACUACAAAUCGUAGAUCUCAAUACGGGAAACGAUCUUCCGCUUGCGGUGCCAGACAUUUUGCUAAAAUGCAUUCAACAUUUCCACGGACAUCCCGGACCGUGGUGGGUGGGGCAAUUUGUGAGAUACAUUUUUCGACCAAAUCACAAUCUUGAGGAAAGUUUGAAAAACAAGGAGAAACGUUUUACAUUCGAUCAUCCCAUUGUAGGAAUUCAGGUGCGAAGAACAGAUAAACUUGAUGGGGAAGCUUCGUUUCAUUCUUUACAAGAGUACAUGAUCCAUGUAGAGAGGUGGUUUGACGUUGCAGAAACAAAGACACCAACUGUACAACGAAAGGUUUACCUUGCCACGGAUGACCCCUCAUUGUUUAGAGAAGCAGAACACACGUAUCCAACGUACAGCUUCAUAGGUGAUGUGAAUAUUUCUAUAAGUGCCCAACUUAGCAGCCGAUACACUCUAGAAUCGUUGAAAGGUGUAAUAACGGACGUACACUUCCUUUCAAUGUGUGAUUACAUCGUGUGUACACUAUCAUCACAGAUAUGUCGUCUUGCGUACGAGAUAAUGCAAACAAAGCAUGGAGAUUUAUCUUCGAGAGUUAAGUCCCUUGACGACAUUUACUACUUUAGUGGUGGAAGCCCGGAGAGAUGGAUAGCAAUGUACGACCAUGACGCGCGUAAUGAAGAUGAAUUCAGUUUUAAGGCUGGCGACACCAUCCAAAACUACGGGAAUCAUUGGGAUGGAUACUCAAAAGGAAAACAUUUGCGGUCAGGCAACGAAGGUCUUUUCCCAUCUUACAAAGUUAAAAGGUUUCAAUAAAUCUGAUACGAAAUGAUAGUUUGCCUGUCCAUUCACCAGGAAGAAUUAUAUCAGAACGAAAAGAUAUGCGCCCUACCCCCCCCCCCCCACCCCCACACAAAAAUAGUAAUAAAAUAAUGCACGAAAGACAUCAAUAAGCAUCACAUUUCUUACGGGACCUCAAGCUAACACCCUACAUCACGUUUUCAGCCUUUGUUCUGUUCCCGUUGCACGUUCUGUGUUUACUUUUCCGAAUAUUUAAAUCAAAACGUGUUUAAGCGAGGUGCCUCAAUGACUUAUUCAGGAAAGUAAAUGAUGCCAAAAAAACAACAACAAAGAGGCAGUGACGUUUUUUAUUCAGUAAUUAUAUGCGACACUGCAUGAUAAAGCAAGAUCUUUGCGUAAUGCCGAAAGAUUUAUGUGUCAUAAGAAGCAUUUCAUUAACAUUAGCAAAGCAUACAUUGUUUAAAGGAAGUUUUUUGAGUGUGGUGUUAAGUGUAAAAAACCUGCUUGAAUAAUUGUGUAAGCAUCUCGUUUCAUAAACAUCAUUGAAGUAGGAGCAAUCUGUACAAUGUAUACAGAGAGUAUUCAGUGCAGGAUGCACAUGCCGACGAACCUGUUUUGAAUGUCUCUGUAAUAGUAAUGAGAAUUGUAUGAAUGUCAUAUCAUGUAUUUAUGUCUAAUGAGGAAAUACAUGUGUUGUCCUUAUAUAUGUGUGAAUCUGUAUGAUGCUUUAACUGUGUCGCUGCUAGCUGAACCUUAUUGCUAGUUAUAAUGAGUAAAAAGAAGAAACUAAUAUCAAGAAAGAAAAACUUUCUUAAUGCACUCAACGAACAGAAAAGGGCAUCACCUGCAAACGAACGAAUCGGGAGAACAGUGACAACCCAUGGUUAAUGGUACGAACAACCCGAACUAAGACAACUAGGUUAAAUUUUAUUUGGGCAUCAACUGAUCGCAGGAUAUAUUGGAGCAACCGUUUAAACAAUCUUAUCUCGCUUCAAGUAUAUCACUUUAACACGUUAUCAUAGCAAAAAAAAACACUCGUAAAUGACAAGAAGUGUAACUCUGAGUGAAACAUCUCUAAUGUAUUGCCUUUUGCAAACGUAUUCAAUUUCAGCAAACACAUUUGCUAUAAUUCAUCAGAACAUAAAAUGUUUCGGAAAAUACUGAAUGAAAUUCGAAGCAUCACUACAUUACAAAACCAACUUGUUUCGAAUAUAUUAACCAAUAUUUGGAUACCCAUAGUUACCAAAUUGCAUCCCUUUAAAUAUGUUGUCUUAAACAUUAGGCAUAACCAAGAUGGAUACACAUAACAGCAAUAUAUGUACAAAAUAUGCACAACUAUUGUGAAUCUUUUAACCAUAUUUCUUGCCUUCAAAUUAGGUGUUUAAGCAAAGAAUUGAAUGUUUCAUCAUGAUUUUGAAUGCUUUUUG